ACCGGAACCAAAAGCGGUAAGACCGGGGCGUCCACCUGAGCCGCUGAGCGCAGGCUUUCGCCACUUGAUGCCCACACAUUGACGUCGACGCCCACUCCCGAGUCCCUCUCCCUCACGUUCCGCCGGCGGACGUCGCCGCGGGUACCGGAAAGGGACGCGUCUUUGGAUGCUAGGCGUUGAGCGACGAUGUGAAGAGCCGAACGAGAGUCCGUGGCUCUCUUCUCAGGGAAAGACAUCCAGGGCCGUUCGCCGUUCCUGUUUGGCAUCCGGCCUUCUCUCUCCCCCCGCAUCAUGAAAGGCCUUUCGAGUAGCCGGAGUCACCAUCGCGUGGCGUCCUACGAGCCAUCGUACGAUCCGCUGGGUCAGCACGUUGACCGCAAGCCAUACUUGAUCAGUCAGAUGGACAUGCCACUUCCUAUCGCAGUGCCGCAUCCGAAUGAGCUGUCGUACUACAACGCUCCGCGUGCCUCGUACCCCUCUGACAAUAACAGCGUGGUCCCGUACGGAACCUUUCCGAGACGAUGCCAUUCCACCUCCUCAUCUCACCAUCCUGAGGUAAAGGAUGAGUGUAUGGCCAUGGUACCAUAUGUAGGAGCAGGGAGAGGAGGAGGAGGAGGAGGAGGCGGAGGAGGCGGCGGCGGCGGCGGCGGAGGCUAUGGUGGUAAAACACCCAGCCGGGUACCGGCGAACGUCGCAGACCCGUUUGAGCACCAGUCAUCAUUUCCCAGGGACGGUUACCACACACUGCAAUACAAACGAGGAAUGUUGGCCCAGAGUGGGGGGAUGGGGCCCAACGCCAACAACGACAGCCCGGGGAGGAUUCGCCACCUGGUUCACUCGGUCCAGAAACUGUUCACCAAGUCCCAUUCUCUGGAGGGGCCGCACCACACGCAGUCCGUCAAGGGGGCCAGUCACGGGAGCGUUAAUGGUGGUGUCGGUGGCGGGGGAGGUGGUGGUGGUGGUUCCAGGGCGAGUCCGGAGGGUGACGCCCCACCCGUGGGAGCGCGCCAGAGGAAGCGCAGCAAGAGUCGGGAGCGCUGUCGAUCGGCGGAGCCCAAGCAGCGAAGCCACCACCAUCACCACCACCGGCUCCACGGCUCAGCAUCGGCACCGGGCUCCGGAUAUUGGAGCUCCGACGAUAACCUGGAACGGGAGCUGUGCCUCUACCACCCUCACCACCACCAACCGCCGCCCUCACCUUCCCCCUCCGUUUCGCCCUCGCCCGUCGCCAUGACGACGGGCCGCUACCCCGGCCACGCCCCCGACAACUUCGCCCUGUCCCAACACUACUUGGCGAUGGACCCUUACGACACAAUCGGUGAGCGCGCGCACGGCCACGCGCACCGCGGCCACCCGCACCGCCAUUCUGCACUCAAAGCCUCCUGGAGCAACAACGAUGUCAAGUACGCGGCGCCGCCCCCCUGCGCGCCGGUUAGCGCUAGCGGCAAUGACAUCGGUGGCGGCGGAGGAAGCGGCCCCUCGCUGUCUCUGGGUCCUGCGGACGCGGCCCUGGUGAAGAAAGGGGCGUGGUCGUCGAGCUUAACGGUGAGCAGGGCCCGAGAGGUCUACACCAACCACAGCAGCCACAACCAGCUCAGAGCCAGCGCAGGAUCCGCUAACCUAAACCUAGAUAGAGCUCUAGUCAAAUCUAAGGGCGGUCGGCAACGGGAGCGCACUUGCCAUUUGCUACAGGUACCUCAGGACGAGUGGAGCGCUUUCUCUCCUCUGGGGAAGGAGGACGACAUCCCGUGCCGAAGGAUGAGGAGCGGCAGCUACGUGAAAGCCAUGGCCGAGGAGGACAGCGGCGACUCCGACGGGAGUCCCAAACCUUCCCCCAAGAUGCAGGCGCGACGCGCCAGCUACUUGAAGGCCACCCAACCCUCGCUGACCGAGAUGACCACGCUACAGAUUUCGUCAGAACAUUCCCCCAAACUACAAAUCAGGAGCCACAGCUACCUGCGUGCGGUGAGUGAGGUUUCAAUCAAUCGAAGCCUGGACACCCUGGACCCCAAAACCCUUCUCGAUCCCAAAUCGUUGCUGUCCUCACCCCAAUACCGCUCACGCAAUGAAAGCUACAUGAGGGCCAUGAGCACCAUCAGUCAGUUGAGUGAAGUCGAAGUCAACGGGCAAAUUGAGCAGGUCUGCGAGCAGGUGUACAGCGAAAUGCAGGCUCAGGCCAUGCGGAGGAUGGAGAGGAUGGACAGGAUGGAUACCUUGCCCAUGCCGGGAUGUUUCCGCAUGAGGAGCCACAGCUACGUGAGAGCCAUCGAUCAGGGCUGCGCCGGGGAGGAAGAAGGAGAAGGGGGAAGACCCCUGCUUUUGCUGCCAUCCUCUCCGCCGCGCACAUCCGCCACCACCGUCAGGACAAUCCAGAGCAGCACGGUGUCAUCCUGUAUCACAACGUAUAAAAAAACACCCCCACCGGUGCCGCCGCGAACGUCCACCUGCUCGACGGGCUCCAAGCCCUACAUCUCCAUUACGGCACAGAGCAGCACAGAGUCGGCGCAGGAUGCUUACAUGGAAGAAGAGGGCCCAAGAGGUGACAUGACCAUCCAAUCCGGGCUGAGUAACUCAACUGAGAGCAUUGACAGCAUGAAGGCUUUGACGGCCGCCAUCGAGGCUGCCAAUGCGCAGAUCCAUGGCCCAGCCAGUCAGCACGUCAGCCACAGCGCCGUGACAAUCAACGCCACUGCGCCGAGAGCUCUGCUUGUGGAAGACCACCAGGAUGAAUACAGGAAAGAGGCACUCAGGAAGGGCAAAUGUCUCUCCAUAGGUAUCCAGGUGGAUGGACCAGAUGAGCUUCUAGACCCAGAGGACCCAUCCAAGUUCACCUCCGUUGGGGUGCAAGUGGAAGAUGACCGACGGUAUCGUCGCUUCCAACGCUCCAACAGUGUGACAGCAGCCGUGCAAGCCGAUUUGGACUUGCCGGGCCUGCUCGACACUCCUCUGGCCUCUCCCGACAUGGAGCCGGAAGUCCUGUCGCCCGGUGUCCUUUCUCGGCAAUACUCCCGCGAUGCUGCCACUUCCACCGUCAGCAUCCAGGGCUCAGGGAACCACUACCACGCCUGUGCCUCUGACGAGUAUGAGGAUGUGGGCUUCGACCCCUCCAUCCUUCCCCCUCCGGACCCUUGGAUAGACAGCGUCAGCGAUGAGCCGGCCGAUGGCGGCUUCAACAGCUCGGCCAUCUUGGACGCGGCGCAGCGGACGGUGUGCCAGCGAGACGGCCGAUGGUUCCUCAAGCUGCUGCAGGCCGAGAGCGAGCGCAUGGAGGGCUGGUGUCGGCAGAUGGAGAUGGACCAGCAACGGAACGACCUCCCGGAGGAUGUUCUGGGCAAGAUGAGGAGCGCCGUCGGAAGUGCUCAGCUGUUGAUGUCCCAAAAGUUCCAGCAGUUCAGGGAACUGUGCGAGGAGAACUUGAACCCCCUUGCGCACCCUCGUCCCGUAGCCUCCGACCUGGCUGGUUUUUGGGACAUGCUUCAGUUGUCCAUCGAGAACAUUAGCCUCAAGUUUGAUGAGCUGCACCAACUUCGCGCCAAUAACUGGAGAGCAUUCGACCCACCCGAGAGAAAGCAGGAGAGGCGGCUUCCACCUCCGGUACCCAAAAAGCCACCCAAGGCCCCGCCGCAGCACCCGCCUCUGGCCCGAGAUCGUUCAUUGGAAAGUUCCGAGAAACAGCGCCAAGAGGCCAGGAAGCGGCUGAUGGCCGCCAAGAGAGCUGCGUCCGUGCGACAAAACUCGGCCACCGAGAGCGCCGACAGCAUCGAGAUCUACAUCCCGGAGGCGCAGACGAGGCUAUGAGGACACGGCUGAGCGCGUGGCGGCACCCGCCUCGUGCCCGCCGCGGCGGCGGGCUCUUUACGGAUGACUGUCAAAUGUUCGGCAGCAGCUGAGGGAGCCAAAUCCAAACCUUCACAAUACUGCAGGGCCUUAAGUCGGACUGCUUUCCUGUUGUCGUCAAGCUGUGGCGCACGCGCUACUGGGACAGAGCGUGACUGUUUCCUCGGGCCAGAUGAACCCAUGCGCCCCGCGAUGACCGAAAUGUCCAUGCAAGAGUUUGUGAAAAGGAAAUCACUGCCUACCGUAGCGGAGACCUGAGCCGACUCACGCGUACCGUUUGAAAAUGCUUCUCCCGGCGCUCCGGAGCGCGGUUCUUCGCCAGUGCCAUCGGUCAAAUGCAGACGGAAAAACAAAAAAAAGGUUUAAUAUGGCAACAGCUGUGAGGGCAAGCUGCCAUUGCUGAGCGCUGACCACUUCCGGCGAUGCAGAUCGUGCGCCACCGUGGGUUCAAGGUCACCUGCUUUUUGAUUUCAUUUGAAUUUUUCCAUACUUUUUGGGUGAAAGUGAAACUGACAGGAUGCUUAGGGUGCGGCGGGCACUAACUCCAAAAUAUCGAAUAUGAAGAACGCAGACACGCGAUGUCCCGCCUUUCAUAUGGCACGGUCGGCCUUGUUCAGCGUGAAGCCCAAAUAACUCCCGAAAUCCGUUCCUUUCAGCGCCUGAUUACGACGAUGACGUCGUCUCUUGUCUGUGAUGAUGCUCUUCGUGCGUGGCGACGCCGAAAUCUCUCCCGACUCUCCCGGGGUGGAUUCCUGGCGAUCCACUCAUAAAUAGUGUCCUGCGCAUUCUUGUUCGAUGAUGAUGAUGAUCAUUUGUGAUUUUUGAUGAAAGGAUGCCGUAUUUAUUUUGUAAUUUGUAAAAAUGUUCGAUAUGUUGGUCGGGGGUGCAGGAGAGGGCCAAGGGAGGGGUGGGGGGGCAAUUUUGUACAGCAUCUAAUUACCUCUGUGUGACAAUGACGGUGAGCCAUAUUCAAUGUGAAAUAGACUUGUCCAAAAAAAGGGCCAUAUAAAUGCAAAUAUCUGUUUGUUUUGGUGAAGUUCUGUUGCUUUUUGUCUCGCUUUAUUUUUUUCAUUUUUCAAAAACAAAAAAAAAAAUCUGUCUGAAGCGUUCCAGUAGCAAGUUACAUACGUCUGAGGUAAUGUCCUGAGGAAAAGGCUUGGAAAGGUGCCUAUCUGGUGUUUGGACUGAAAAAGUGGACCGUGCACAGUCAUCCAAAACAAAACGGAGACGUUUCUUCAAUAUUUUAUCAAACCGGAGGAAUGCGGACGGUCUGAUGAGUGCCAACCAUCAAUGGAAAGAAUUUGAGUGAAGUAAAAAAGGAAAUGGAAACGGAUUUGGGACUUUCCAUGUGAUGCCGGAUUAUUGGAUACAGUCAGUAUAGUUUGAUGUGCAUUUUUUGUUCUUAAUUUUUUUAAAAAAAAGGUCCAAAGGUGUCAGACUUUGAAUGUCUGGAAAGGGUCGCCUUUGCCGCUGAUAAGCCUUCAUUCCUGCCAAUGGUUUGUGUGAACAAACUCAAAGCUUUUUUCUUUCCUCAGGAAGAGCUGUAAGAUUUGAUUCCCGAGAUCUGAUGAAGCGUUCCCCAAAGUCCGCGCGUGCGGACGCGUGAUCGAAAUCCAUGUGAACGUCAAUCCAGGAAUUGUUUGUGCGCCACUGCGAUUUCUCUUGAUCAAGUGCUUCCCGAGUCACUUGUUUUCUACGUCAGACCUUUCUCGAGCGCUCUCGUCGCCAUUGUCGAUAUCAACUCCACUUGUACUGGCCACCAAAGUCGCGGGUGUCGUACACGACGCGAUCGACGACGACUCCGAACGCAUGCAGACACCAUAUGAGAACUUGGUCGGACGAUAUCCAAGUGGAAAACGUGUAUGGGGUUCCUCGCGCUCUCAUUUCUAUCUAUACAUCUAAAUAUUUAUUUAUUGAUUGAUUGAUUUAUAACUAUGAGGUUUUGUUCGGUGAACUGUCAUGCUCUUAUAUCGUAAAGAGUGCAUAACUAUUCAUGGAAGUGGAAUAAAACUGUCAAACGCGA